CAGGAGCAUGGCCACUCUGCUCUCCCAGUCGAUGUCUUAGGGAGGCUCUGCGUGCAUCCACCCAGAUCCUUUUAAAGAUGUUGAAUGAGGCGUCUCCCACGGCAGCUGUUCUUAAGGAUGCCCGCUCUUCCUUCUCUGUUGAGAGCAGCACCCGUUUGUUGUCCUGGCUGUGAAGCCCCAUCAAAGGCUUUCAAAGUCUGGAGCAAAACUGCCAAACCCUCCCUAGCAUCAAGAUGGUUUGUCACUUCCAAACACGCCUUCCCCUUGCAGCCGACGACAAGGGGAUCUCUUCAGCAGGUGACUUAGUUCAUGCUCAGGGAGUCUAUCCUUUAUGCGGGGAGGGGGUGAGAGUAACCCAACCAAAUAAUGGUGCUACUCCUAAAAGCAAUAAUAAUAAUAAUUGCUAACAUUGAUGGAAUCUCACCAAGUGCCCGACUCUGUGCUAAGCUCUUUUAAGGGAAUCAAUCUCGUCUUAACAACUGAGCCCUUAUUUAGCAGGUGAGGAAACUGAGGCUUCACCUCUAAGUAACUGCCAGGUGACACAGCUAGUAAGUGGCAGUCCAGAGUUAGCACUGGGCAGGCUGCCCCAAACCGUGCUUUUACCCACGGCCCUAGGCUCUGUCCUGUCAGUGUCUCGCAACCCUGGGGAGAAGGCGCCUGUGAGGGCGAGCCCAACACCGGCUACCCCCUCAUGGAGCACGCCGUCCAGAAUCCAUUCCCGCCUACCUUUCCUCUUCCUCUCACUCGGGAACCUGCACCCAACAUGGCAGCAGGAGAGCUCUAUCCUUGGUCAUCGAAAAGCUUUAUAAUAUACAAAAUAUAUAUACAUAUAUACACCACAAAAAUAGCUGGGAACAAAAGCUAGGCAAAAAGGUUUAUAUAUGUUCUGUCCACUGUAUUUUCCGUCUACCUGCUGCAUCCUGGAAUCUGGGAAGUGUCAGAUCUCUUAUAGUCUAAAUUAUUUCCCUAUUCAUGUUCCUAGGAUGAAAGGGUUAAACCCGGACUUGCUGGAGCUUAUUAUUUUAAUCCAGGAUUAUGAUGGCUGUGGAAAGAGGCCACUCUGUCCCCGUGACCUCGCUGGCUAGGAGAGGAAUGGUGGUUGUCCUGACUGGAGAUCUCAGCCUGCCUGGCUGGGAGGAGGGCUGAGGUCGGAGCUAAGCCUGUCCCUCCACCAGGAAACUGGCUCAGACGGAGAGACCGGAGGGGGAGGGGGCCACAUGCAGCCCUUUGUUCUUGGGAAGCAGUUUAGGAUGCUGGUGGGCGGCAGAGCAGAGGGAAGGGCCGGAAUACUCACGUGGACUCCAGUUGUCCCCAACAAUUAGCUCUUUGGAGGGUUUGCUGCUCUUUGAGGGCCAAACAUCUGUAGUGGGAACCCCCCAGGGAGGGGACCUCAAAACACCCCCACCCCUCACCUCGUGAUGCUCCAGACUACCUGGCCAAAGACCCAGACUCACAGGGUAGCAAUGUGAGUCCUCUCCAACUCCUACUGUUUACAGAUGGGGAAACUGAGGCCCAGGGAGGAAAAGGACGCAGCCACCUGAUCCCUAUGCCCUAGCCACUGAGCUCAUGAGCCCCAGAUGUGCAAGCUUUCAAGCACGUGACAACAGCUGUCUAUUCUUAGGUGGAAUCCCCUUUGCCUAGCCAUGACUGAAUGCCCCAAGUCUUCCAGGAAAUUUCCGGAGGAGCUGUGGGAGCUGGGAUUGUGGGUUCCAGUCCAUGAUGAGAAGGGUCGGCUCCAGGGCUGUGUGCCCUUGGCAGAGGCCAGGGUCAGACUAGACUGGAAAGCCUCCCUCGGCCUGCCUGGCAGGUUGGCGCCCCUUGAGGGGACCAGUAUGACGCAGUGAUGGGAGGCGGGCGGUUAAACUGGGACAGACUCAGCAUCCCACAGCCCGGCACCUGCUUUCCCCCUGCUUCUGGGAGAAAGCCCGCCUUCCAUCGGGGCUGGUUAGCGUGCACCACGACCAGGGGUUGCCUGGCCUGCUGACCUUGGCUGCCGUCUGUGAAGGUGGCUGCAGUCUCCUCCUUGCUCCGACUGUUACUGCCUGGGUGCCUCCGGGUGCCUCAAAAGCCCUGCUUUUUCUAAUCAGUGAAGAAACCAGCUUUGUCUGCGAGGAACCAAAACAGGGCAGCUGAGGAGGAGGAAAAAAAAAAUUAACAGCUCCAAGUAGAGGGAGCAGAAAGGAAACAGCAAAGCUGGAAAAUGGCUUAAAAACCUGGGGGCAAGGCUGAUCCUGGCAGCAUCUGGCCAGCUGCCUGGGGGCCCUCCUGCCUGCCCACCAGGUCUUGUGACAAAUGCCCUCCGACAGCCGGGGAACCACAGCUGUCACCGGAAGGCUCCGAGUGUGCGGGCUGGCAGCCAGAGGCCCGUGGCUGCAGGGGCGUCUCUUUGGGCUGGUAACCUCAUUAUCUCUGCUGUUGGAGCGGGAGCCCCAGGGAGCACAGCUGCUCUCAGCGGUGCGUUGGAGCAGCGGCCUGCUCGGGAAGUGUGCAAAGGGAGGUCUCGCCUGCCAAAGGAGGCUUCGCAGGGCGGCGGGCCUGGAGAGUCUCUUUCACAUCACUUCAGUAAAGCCCCCCCAGUUCCAAAACUGUGCCUGGGCCCUGCCAGCGUUCACAGGCACAGAUGGUGCCUUUAUUCUGGCAGUCCUUUUUUUUUUUUCUUGGGCCCCAAAGCUGGGUUAGGUACAAAUAAUGAGCAAAAGAAAGAAAAAAGCGUCAUCUGCGCAGAGCUUGUCCAAGGAUGUCCUAAGGAGGCCUCAGAGUUGUGCCAUUUUCCGCUCACUUCUCUGUCCUCCAGGAAACUACUUGGUACCUUCCCCCUGUCAGGACAAGACCCCCUUCUCCAGGUGACAUAUGGGGUAGGUAAGGCGUGGGAGUAGGGGGGCUGCAGUCUGAGAUCUAUGCCCGCUGAGCCUCCCCCUGCCUGAGUUCUUUGUGGACCCUCCCUGGUGAGGACAGCCCAGUAUAUGUGACAGUGAGGAGAAGGGCAGCCAUGGGGGAUGCUGAAGUCACAUCAAAGAGCAUGUCUGACUCCAGCCACAAACAUCCUCAGCCCGUCCUGGGACCCAGGGAGGGGAGGGGAGAGGACGCAGAAAGGAUGCUGGAGGCAGUGGGGCUGGCCGUUGUCUGCUCUGCUCUCAAUUCAUGUUCGACCUUGAGCAAUGUGCCAAAUGUUCCUCUCUGCUCCGGAACACCCUCAUCUGUCAAGUGGAGAGAACACGUGCCCUCGGCCAGCCUGGCUGGGGAGAGUGAGCUCCGUGGAGAGAAACGGCUUGUCAGUGGGAGGUUGUGGGGCUGCUGUUAUUGCUGUAGCCCGGUGCUGGCUGUAUGUCACUGUCUGAGAGACAGCUUUGAAAAAGGGCUGCUGUCACUUUCUGCAGCUCUGGACUGGCCGAGGAGGCAGCACAUCUGGACCUUUGGUCCCAAGCCGGAGCCCGUGCAGAGCCCCAGGCAUGAGGAAGCCAAGCAUCUGCUGCAGCGUGCCCGGAUGAAGGCCAGGACCCGGCCCCUCCGUGCCAGCCAUGAUAUUGUGCCCGCCAUUGCCCAGGGCAGCCGAGAUGGCCAUAGGAGCCCAGCCCUGGGCCCAAGGAUGACCUUUGCCUGCAGAGACAACCUCCAGAACGGGAACACCAGUGACUCCUCCAGCGGGGAGAGUCCGAAGCGGGGCACCUCCCCGUCCCACGUCCGCUUCGAGGAUGAGUCUGCUCGCGACGCUGAGUCCCGCUACCUGGAGCGUCUGCAGCAGCGGCAGCGCCACGUGCUCAGCUCCGCGCUGCAGACUGUGGACCAGGGCCCCCUGCGCUCCAAGCCCGAGCUCGCCGCCUACGUGAAUGGGGGCUUCCAGCGCAGGGACGCCGUGGAGGGGGCCCUCCGCAGGCCGGUGGGCGGGCGGGAUCGGAGGGCCCUCCCCGCGCCGCAGCCCGCACGGGGCAGGGAGAGGAGGUGCCGAGCCUGUGGCAACUGCAUAGAGGACCGACGCCCCGCCCAGGGGAAGGCAGCCCCCGACCCGAGGGCCCACCAGGAGCGCAAAGCUGCCUGUGGGACGGAGAGGGUGCUGGCGGAGCCCCUUAGUGCUCGAGGCCGGAGCGCCCCUAUCAGACUCCUCCCUGUCCCCCCGGGGCUGCACGCCAAGUGGAUCCGAGAGACACACAUCGGAGCCCCUGUGCGCCCUGAGGAGGUGGACUCUGCCCUGGACAGCACGGACACCUCCGACAGCUGCAGGACCGACAGCGAGGAGGCUGGGACCUCUCAACCCGACAGGACCCGCAGCCCGGCCCGAGGCAGCAGCCCCCGGCUGCCGGGCUCCAGGCCUCGAGAAGGCCACAGGUGGUUCCGGAAGGCUGAAAUGGAGCUGCCCCGGUGCCCUCAGGCCCCGCACUGCCUGCCUGGGGUUGAUCCCCUGGAGGUUUCAGAUGAGGGGAAAGAAGGCAGAGCACACACACCCGAGGGGACUCUGUUUCCCAGAGAAGAUGCUUUCUCUAAGCCUCCAGUCCUGGAAUCUAAGAGGACUUCCCUGGGAUCCCAGGGGCAGCCUGGACCAGAGCUGGGAAAUCACUGGGCUCACCCUGUGGCUUCCCGGGCUCAGUACAGGACAGUCUGUGCCACGGCCUCUUGCAUGAAGCUGGUGUCCUCGGGGCCGGGCAGGCAAGCCCAGGUUCUAGAAAGCCACCGGUCUCUGGAAACUGUCUCUGCUUCCUCCCAGCAACAGAGCCAUGCAGAGCCCUCUGCCCCCCACCAGGCCGAGCAGCCAACCGCUUCCUGCUCCCCCAAAGGCUGGGUGCCAACCCCUCCCUCUUCAAGGAAAACCACCUCACCUGUGUCUCACAGGAAGGCAGCCCUGGCUGGGCCCCGCAGGCCGGGUGAUCAGGGACAGCCUGCGGACACCCCUGUGCCUCCUUCAAGAAGUGUAGUUCCCAGGACCUGUGAACUCAGCCCCCUGCAGACCCAGCCCUGCAGCCCCCAAGUCAGGCACGCACUGCUGGCCCUGUCCACCAACAACUGUAACAACAGCGUGCCUCGGGGGCUGCAGGAGCCCCAGGAAGGAGCCGUCCGAGAGGGCAGAGUGGAGAAGGGCCCCCGAAGCCAGGAGCCUGAGGCACCCCUGGAGAACCAUGCAGAUGGAGGACUCCAGGGCUUUCUCGGCUCAGCAGCUGCCGGCACCAUCAGCUCUAAGGGCGUCACCCUCUCCCUGGCCUCAGAGGAGCCAGAGUCCAGCCAAGAACCAGAGGGAGGCCUGCAGAGGACAGAGUUGAAUUCUGGAGGGCAUGCGUCAUCCCGAGCAUUACCAGGGGUCAGCGCGGCUCCUGGCCCACCCUCAGCCGCCCCUUCUGACAGGAACAAGAAAAGCAGCAGCGGCAUCGCCUCCACCCUGGGGCUGAAAAAGUUCUUCUUGGCCCUGGGCCAGGGCACGCGGCCCAAGUUGGGCAAGUCGCGCAGCUACAGCGUGGAGCAGCUGCAGCCCCCUGCGCCUGGCCCAGCUUCACACACCAGCACCCCCAAAGUGAAGAGAGCCCCAUCGUUACAAUCCCUCCGUGUGCCUCCCCCACUUCUGUUUUUCCACCAGCUGCCCCUGCCUGGGCUCAUCCUGGACUCCUCCCUCUCCUCUGCUCAACCCUACCACCUCUCCCAAGUCCUGGAGUCUACUGCCUGGUCAUUCUGGAACCUUCUCCAUGGCCACAGCGACUCCGUGUCACCCUCUCACCAGCAUCGGAAAGCUGCCUCCUUUCAGAACCUCCAUUCUCUGCUGAGCGGCAAGGUGGACCGGUCCAGCCUCUACCUGGUAGGGGAGCCCGGGGCCCACAGCACGGCUGGCAGGCCAGCCAAGGCCCCACCCCGGCGUGCCCUCAGCAUCGAGGACGUGGGUGCCCCCAGCCUGGCGCGCACAGUGGGCCGCGUGGUGGAGGUCUUCCCAGAUGGCACAAGCCAGCUGCAGCUGCAACGCUCCCCAGAGGGCACUUUCGGCUUCUGUGUGGCCUCGGGGAACGGGCGUCGGGACUCAGGGUUCUACGUGCAGGAGAUGGCCGACGAGAGCACGGCCAAGCUGUACUCGGGGCUGCUGGGGCUGGGGGACGAGAUCCUCGAGGUGAACGGGGCCAAGGUCGCGGGGCUGGGCUUGGCUCACAUUCAGGAGCUCCUGGCCCACGCGGAGAGCUUGUCCAUCCGCGUGCUGAGGCAGAGGCCUGUCCCACGGUGACCCAGAGGUGCUUUUGACCUCACCGUCCCCCCUUGGAAGCCCUGACCCGCCCCGGGGAGGUGGCUGGGGUGCGCUGACAGAGCUGAGCUGCUUGUUCCCCAAAAAUGAAGAGCACAGUGGCACGUAACCGCCUGGGCUGUGGCAGGGCCCCCGCGAUUGACCCCCCGGGGGAGAGGGAAGCAGCCUGCUGGUGUGCUUUGUGUAAGGAUGUCACUUCAUGCAGAGCUGGGGACAGAACGCACGGGUCUCCCUCCGCGCCCAGCCCGAGGUGGUGGCAACAUCUUCCUGCACCUUUGUUGGCAGGGGGAGGAGAGGGAUUCAGUGGGUCCUUCGGUUGGUCCCUGAGUGUCGCCUCGCCCCAGGUCCCGUCCCACUCUCUGUCAAGGGCUCCCCCAGCCUCUCACACUCCAGAACCAGAAAAAGUGCUUGCCCAUGUUGGCCUUGAGCCUGCCUUUGUCAGUCUCUUUUCUCCCUGCUCCCAUUCGGCACCUUUGCUCUUUUUCCAGAAAUGGGCAAAGUGUCCUGGAGUAACAGUCUUACAGCCAUUGACCGUAGCUUCCAAACCCCAAACUGGAACAUGUUGGUGGUUCUAAAACUAGAACAGGUCUGGUGUGAGAACAUCUGGGUGAUGUUAUUUGGUAGCCAAAAUAUUAAGAAUUUCUGGGAAAUUUUUGUGAUACACAAGGUUGAAGGAAAAAAAUGAAAUCAAUUUCAGGGAAGUGCAGCUGUGGCCAGUGGGACCGGCCAGACCAGCCCCACCCUCAGGGCCCGGCCCUCUGCCUUUGCCCAGAGCGAGGCUGGAGCUGCCUGGCUUCUCCUGUCGAGCUUGGACACAGGGCUGCAGCUGGUGGCAAGCUGUCCCCAGUCACGAGCUCUCUGCCCAGAUUCCCUGACGGCAGCUGUGGGUGGGGGGUGGCCAGCAGAGAGAGGGCGGGGCAUAGGCGGGGGUAUGGGCUGUCCCCCCUGGGCGCCUCCCCGCUCUAGGCCUCAGCACUACCCAAAGAGUUGGGACGCUCUGGGAGUGGAUGGCCGUGUGUCAGUCUUAAAUUAUUAAAAAGCAAAGCUGAAGCUUC